AUGUUGCCAACGAGACCGAGGAUCUUCCUGCUCAGUUUAGGGUGCAAUCAGACUGCCUCGACGAGACAGACGCGCCUUUCAGUCCAUGCGUCUCGCUCGCUCGCUCGUUCGGAUCUGUUCGCCUGCUGCUGGCUGGCGCCAUGGAUCUUCCCGGUCGGCACGCAGAGCAGAGGACCAAGAGUUCCAACGCAGAAGAACACAUCGAGGCCCGAGAUUCACGCCACGAACGAUCUUCAUCGACACCGGGAUUCAUUGCAUUUCCAUCAUCAUCAUCAUCAUCAUCGAGCAAUGUGCGCCCCCCGCCCUCCCUCUCUCCCGAACGAGCACCGAGACCUCACUCCGAAGAAGAGCAUGGCGCAGCACCGUCACGGAUCCCGGCCGUCGGAGCAGUGCCCUCGGCGGAUCACCUCUUUUCGCUCUUUGUCCCCGCCCUGUCCGUCCAGACUGUCCGCCUGCCUGCCUGCCCGCCCGCCCGCCCGCCCGAGGGGUGGGUGGCCCCCCGUGGGUCCGGCCCCGAGCCGAGCGCGACUCUCCUCCGUCCCGAACGAAGACACACAAGAGCGACUGCGGGGCCAGGGGGGGGCCCCGCGGGUGCUGGUGGUGGACCGGGCGCGAGGGGGCGACCUGGGACAGGGACAGGGACAGCAGAGUGCAGAGCGCGCAGGAGUACCGGUACCCUAG